GACGUCACGCGUCACGUGACCGUUCGUUCGAACGCCGAUUCGAUAGGUUCUCGAACGUUCGGUAGCAACGGCGAUGCCACGGUGACAGGUAUUUGUUUGUUUGAUUGUUUUCUUAGCAAAACACGACAGAAAGUACGAAUUUUGCGGUCGACAUGGAUCGUGAUUUUGUACAGACUGUCGAGGGUGGGGAUCAGACUGAAGUGGCGACCAAGAAGGAGGAGAAAUUUGCUGAAGGAGACGAAAAAUUGACCCAAGUCACCAGGGAAUUGGUUGAAGAGGAUUCCAAGGACGAAGGAAUCGGGAGUUUUGAAGUUGUGACCGUUACUGCGGAGUCCUUGCCUGCUGCAAGUGGCGACCAUGAUAAUAAAUCUGACCAAACAGAGUCAGCCGCCAAGGUAGGAAACGAAGCUGCCGUCGAAAAAGACAAGGAAGGUUCAAGAUCACGUAAAAGAAAGGCUGGUUCACGAGGAAGUCAGGAGAGUACAGAAGGUGAAGAAAGUGAUUCUGAUUCUGAGGAAAGCUACACGUCUGAAGAAGAAACCGAAACGGACGACAGCGAAUCAAGCAACAGUUCUGGGUCAGAACGAGUUCGUAAGAAGAGAAAACAAGAUGGCGACUCCAAGGUCAUCGCCCAGGAAGACGACAACGACGAUACAUUUGUAUCAAUCGAUUCACCAGCGCUCCAAACGGAAGAUAACAAAAAUGCAGCUGUCACCACCGAUGAUAAAACGAGCACUUUAAGGCGACGUAAGCGAAAGUCUCGCGAAGAAGUGAAAGACGAAGAUGAAAACAAGGAGGAAAGCCGCCCACCACAGCGUCAAGCCCAACUUGAGGAGGAAACAAACCUGCCCGUGAUCAUAGUAACCGUGACCUGCUGUGUUGCGCUGGUCCUGUACUGUGUAUGUAGCUACUACAUGGACAGGGCAGCAAGCACCAACAAGAUUGGAGGGCGCACGGCGCUCCACACCGCAGCUAUAAAAGGUGACGUCACUAAGCUGAUGAGACUCUUAGCUCCCAACGACAUUGACAUCAACAAACAGGACAACAUGGGGGACACCGCGCUGAUGUUGGCAGUCAGAUACAAAAUGGAAGACGCAGCCAUCUUGCUGUUGAGCGAGGGAGCGAACCAUUGGUUGUUCAAUCUCAACGGCGUGGCAGCCAUUCACGAGGCAGCGACCAAUGGACUUCACGCCCUUAUCCCCAACCUGCGGGAGUACGGCGCGGACCCAGAACUACAGACGUAUGACGGCUGGACUCCCCUGAUGUUGGCUGUAAAGGCGGAUCAGCUGAUGACUGUACGGGCGCUUCUGGAGAAAGGCCAUGCCAACCCAAACACUGUGUCAGACAGCGGCGGCCUAACCCCCCUCCAUCUAGCCGCACAGAAGUCCCCGUCUUAUGUCAGCGUCCUUGCCAAAGCCGGCGGGAACGUCAAUGCCAAGGACGACAUCUUCGGCCUGACGCCCCUGCACGUGGCCGCGUCCGAGUGCAACGUGCAGACGGCACGGGAGUUGCUCAAGAGGGGCGCCGAUGAUUAUCUGGAGGCGAAGGACGGUACCAGACCACGUCACAUAAUCGGUAAAAAGGUUCACAGGAAAGGUCGGACGCAAAAGAACAUGCAGUGCGAAGGGGUCAAGAGGCUCUUGAUGGGUUGAUUUAUUGUCGAAAUAUAUCAGUUUGUUGAGCUUUGCUCUCACCUCAUAAAUACCCUAAGCCAGCAAUUAGCUAUUCAGAAUUAUAACCUUAUGCAAAGUUACUCCCUGGUUCAGUGAGGAAAGCAAUUGUACGUAUUCACAACCGAUUUUACACGUUUGUAAAACGUUAAAUUCACUUUCAAAUGUUUUACCUGUUUAUCAAAGUUUAUGAGUUACAACAUCCGUCAGAAAGAAGAGAAAUCCUAAAUAUUUCGCUUAAACUCUUUGCCUUAAACCUUUCCGUCUUUUAGCGCAUUCGAUUCUUAUCAUUCUAUUGCCUUUAUUACAAAGGAAAAUGUUGAAAUGAAAAUAUGUAUAUAGCUGAGAAUUAUAACAGCACUAUGGUCAAACAAAAGUGUCUGGCGAUAGUAGUACACAUUUUGUGUAUUGUAUUUCAUUAAUUUAAAUAUUAACCUUGCAUGAAAUUGUCUAACGCACAUUGGAUAUCAAUGAUUACCUGGAAGUUUGAACGUGCAUUGUUUUCAGUAUCACGCGUUAUAUUGCCACCUAUCUACUUUCCACAAUGCUUACAACCCUAGCGUAACGGCAGUGCCAUAGUCUAAUUCUAACUUUCCUACUCAUAAAGCAGAAGCUAGUUUGAUAAUGAUAUCAAACAAGAAGACCACUUAUACAGAAAUUGAGAUACUUGCAUAGAUCUGAAGACUGUUUUGAUUUUAUACAGCGCUUUAAACAAUCAACACCAACAAGAAGGUAACUAGGCACUUGAGCUAACGGAACACAACGGUUCUACGAUUGACUUUGUCCCUUAACGCUAUUGAUAAUGUUGUCGAUGAACUCCUGAUGCUGCUCGUAGAAUUCGCAGACUCUCCCGCCGACCGUUGUGAUGUAGCCAAUCGCAGCACCCGCAGCUGACGUAGCGUAAACAUUGGGCCCCCUACCGAACCAUGACAGCAUGCCAGCCACAGGACCACCAACUCCCAUUCUGUGGAGUGUAGAAAA